UUGAUGAAAAAUCCGACAACUGGUUAUCCUUAAACCCCUAAACCCUAUCAACAACGUUGGAUCCUAAUUGACGAAAUCUUCAACCUGCUUGGUUCAUCCAUUCUCCAUGGUCAUCGCUACAUUGAAAUUCGCCUGCAAACCCAAUCCCCUUCUUCGCUCUGCUCCCUUCCAAUGCGUCCGCAAGGUUGUGCCUAAAUCUCUCCCCGCGCUUCAGGUAGAGGAAUGUAAUGCCUCAACCCGUGGACGAGGCAAGGGGACCAGCGAGAAAUUCAUAUUAGAAAAUAAUAGCAAGGUCCCGGCAUGGAAGAAAUUGGAUUCCAAAGAGCUUGGACUUCGGAAUUCCAUGAUAACAGUUCCAACCAGGAAGGUUCUGAAUGUGCUGAAGAAAAAGGGGUAUGAUGUAUACCUUGUAGGAGGCUGUGUUCGAGAUCUUGUACUAAAGAAAACACCAAAAGACUUUGAUAUUAUAACUUCAGCGGACCUUAGAGAGGUGAGGAAAACAUUUCCGUGGUGUGCGAUAGUUGGUAAAAGGUUCCCAAUAUGUCAUGUUCAUAUGGAUGGUACCAUUGUUGAGGUUUCAAGUUUUAAUACUGCUAGAUGGAAGUCGAGUGUAUACUUCACUCAUGGUAUUGAGGCACCUAAUAACUGUGAUAAGAAGGACUUACUUCGUUGGAGGAAUUGUUUGAAUCGUGACUUUACAAUUAACGGGUUGAUGUAUGAUCCAUAUGCCAGAAUUGUCUAUGAUUACAUGGGAGGAAUGGAAGAUAUCAUCAAAACUAAAGUGCGAACAGUGGUUCCUGCAGCUACUUCUUUUCAGGAGGAUUGUGCCCGCAUUUUACGUGCAAUUAGAAUUGCUGCUCGCUUGGGGUUUAGUAUUUCAAGGGAAACAGCUCAAUCUAUUAAAAAUCUUUCAUCUUCAGUGUUAAGACUAGAUAAGAGCAGGCUUCUGAUGGAAAUCAAUUAUAUGUUGGCUUAUGGAUCUGGUGAAGCUUCUUUGAGGCUAUUAUGGAGAUUUGGACUUCUAGAUUUACUUCUUCCGUUUCAGGCUGCUUAUUUUGUCCGCGGUGGAUUUCGAAGACGGGACAAAAGAACCAAUUUGCUUUUGUCUUUCUUCUACAAUGUGGAUAAACUUUUGGCACCAAACCGGCCAUGUCAUAGCAGUUUAUGGGUUUCUGUCCUAGCAUUACACAAGGCGUUGAGUGAUAAACCAAGAGAUUGCUCUGUCGUUGCUGCAUUUAGCCUGGCACUCCAUAAUGGUGGAAAUUUUUCUGAAGCAAUAAGCAUAGCAAGGAGGAUAAACAAACCACAUGAUACCAGAUUUCAUGAAUUGUUAGAUCCUUCAGGUCUGGAUGAAGAGGAUUUGGAAGGUGAGAUUCUGGAUCUUGCUGAGUCUGUUAAAGGGUCAUUGUUUCAGAUGACAAAUGAGCAUUUGGUUUCUGGGGCUUUGGCUGGCUAUCCUCAAGCUCCUCAUUCAGAUCUGGCGCUUAUCCCAUUAGCAAUGUACCUAAAAGCUGUCGACUUUUUUGACUGUGUGAAAGUAAGUGCUGGUGAGAAUUUUUUGUCAAAGAAAGGUAGAGAAAUUAAUUAUGAGUACUUAGCUCGUGGAGACCUACAAGAAGUAAGGCAUGUGUUUGCAAGGAUUGUAUUUGAUACAGUAUAUCCACUACACCUAGACCAAAAUCAGUCCAAAUAAGGCACUGGAUUUUCAUGAGGCUAGUUUGAAGUUUUGAGAAAUUUGAUGCUGGACUAGGCAUUCAUUGUCUCAAGUAAUAAUCGUUGAAAGUUGGAAUAAUGUGUGGUGAAGGUGCAUUUGACAGGGUACUUGCAGGAAUUAUCAUCAUUGACUUUGUCAUGAGCAAGUGGUAGGCUAAAUAGGCAGCGGAUAGAAGAGUGACAAACAGUUUCCACCCGCAAAAAGAUUUUUGCCCUUUUCUUUUUGUUCCCAAGUGUCUAAUUAUUUUUAGUUUAACAAAUAUCAAUCUUACAUUUAGUUGUCUUCUUGUGAUGUAUAUAUGACAAUUUUAGAUUGCCAAAUCAUUCAGUUGCCAAAAAGUCAGUAAUGUUAAAUUUA